AAUUUAAAAAGCAGUAGUUAACAUUUCCACACUUGACAUAUUUUCCUGUCUGUUAAAUAAUAAUGACCUCAGUUUUCUGCACCAUCAUAUGUCUUGAAAAAAAUCUGAAAUUUAGGUGAAUUUGUUUUAUUUAUCUCAUGUUCAUGUAUUCAAAUACACAAUAUUCAACUCUAUGUAAUGUCUGCAAUAAUUGCAUGGAGCUAGAUUCAGCAAAACAAGAAUUUAAGGAUUUCUAUUGUACAGCUUUGAAGAAUGUGGUAGCAAAAGUUCAUCUGUCAUUCACAUGAUGGCAGUAGAGAUCUUCACUCUGAUGGUCUGGAUCCUUGUUCUGCCCUUUGGAGGAAACUGCAUUCAUUAAGGUGUUUAGAAUCGCAGGUGUGUUCCCUUUCUGUUAGAAGUGACUCAACACGACACCUUUAUCAUUUAACGUUGUCUUCAGUCAGGCGUGAUGUUUUCAUUCUUCGUCAUGGACGACGCAAGCGUUUAGAUUUGUGCCAGCACGUUCUAUUCCUCCAGCAUUCAUGGGAUCUGAGAGUGAGGGGUGUCAUUUAAAAGGCUAUUUUUAUAGAGAAGAACAAUUUGAAAAAGAUUAAAGGAACAUGGAAGGUCAGUUUGCAGUGUUAGAAGUAAUGCAUUUGAUUAUGACAGAGAACAAAGUAAAAUGAAUAAAAGUGAAUGUAACAGGUGGAAAGUGUAACUAAAUAAAGGCUUGCAAUUCUUUAAGCCUGCCCAAAUCCAUGUGUCGUUGACUAUCCCAUAAUUGGUGAGCAUAUUUUCAUAUGCUGUGAGCAAUGCUAAUUUAAAGACAGGAUGCAGCACACACUACCUGACACACAACGGGCUACUUAUUAAAUGAAACGCCUUUUUCUGAACAGGCUUAUUACUUCCGAUUUUGGCUUGCGGAGAAGGUCAUACGCUUCAUUUUCGUCCCAGCUCAACCUCUCCAGCUGUAUUUGUGGAGCGUCCCCUUAUACAAACGCACAGGCAGUGUGGAGUCAGUCUGUGACACGCAUGUUAGCCAAUAGGCGAGCACGGGGAAAGUUUCUUAAUCAUGCACCCAAUAGGGUUGGUCAGAGGGCGGGUCUUGAAAAUCAUACUUGGUUGAAUGGCGAUACAAAGCCUACUAGCACCGAAACGGGCGAUGCGUGAUCAAUAGCGCCCAUCUGUCUCGCAGAGCUGCAUGGGAAGAGCUGGACAGCUCACUGAGCACCGUGCUGCGAGCCCAGCGUUCGCUCAUCCGACGUGCGCCAGGGUGCGAACCAGUCCUGCCAGCGCGUUAUCGCCAUGGAUGAAAUCUGUCCACCACGGAGACGGUGGACGGACAGCUGCGAGGUCAGGACGGCAGCUUAGGGAUUCUUACAAUGCAGGAAUACACGGGAGCCGCGGGAUAUUCUGCUUGACCACCGAACGGGAGUGGAUCGCGACCGAUUAAUCGACCAUGGGGAGACUCACCAUAUAACCGUGUAGGGGGCAGCGACCACACGCACAGGUGAACAGCUCGCCGGGAUCAAUGAACCGAUGGAUCAGGGUGGACUCCGCAAUGGAGUCAUCCCGUGCACUCUCACAUCCGAGGCUCUGGUUUGCUCCACACUGUCGGGCGAAGGCGUUUGGGGGAUAUGACGGAGGCUCGGUCCGUUCUCGCCGGUUCGGAGUGAACUGGCACUGACUGCGCAAUUACCGUUUUACGGAAUACCGGGAACACGCGUGGAGCAUAUUCCCUGUACGGAUGGGCUCACUUCCCGUGAUGCUUUGGUUGCCCAGGGUUACGUCCCCAGGGGUUAUAUUGGAUGUUUAAUUAUUUUAAGUGGUCUCUGAAGUGCUUUGAUUUAAUUUUAUUCUUAACUUUUUAGUCUUCAGAGGUUUUUCUUGUGCAAAUUAGCAACUUGAUCUUUCCCCGGUUCUUUCAAUGGCGGAGUUAACAGAAUGAUGAUAACAGGACUUCUUUUCAGGUCGCAUUUAUUUAAAAAAAAAAAAAAACCGGCGCUGCAAUUAAUUAUAGAGACAUGAUUGGACUACUUCCUUUGGGAGUGGAACAACUUGACCAACAUAUAAUUGCUUUCUACAUAUCAUAGCCAAAAUCAUAAAACCCUCACGAAAAUGGGGUGUCGUAUGUGAAAGCAGUUUAUUGGUGAACGCAACGUUUUGGGGCAUUUCUCUGGAACUAUACAGAGGGGUUACGCCUGUAGGAACCUCCUCAGCCGCAAAGAUCAUGUCCAGAUCCAACAGCGUGAGUCCACCCUGCGUCGGGACUCUGAGUCUGCGGGCCGGGACGGAGCACAGAUCCGCCUGGGGCGAGUCCGAGUCCGUAGCCAACGGAUGUCCAUACUCGGCCACAUCCUCGAGCAAAACGCUCGCACGGUCGAGCAGUCGACGGAGGGAGGAGGACGACCGGCGACCGGGGCGUGCCACCGUGACCGUCAGUAGGGUCAGCUUCAGGUCCAAGUCUGCGUGGCAACAACACGAGGAGGAGACUCGGAACAACAACCGGUCGUCCCCGAGGCACGCGGAUGGCGAGGUGAGACCCAGGUCGGUGGAGCUGGGUUUGGAAGACAGGGGAGUCGUAUCCAAGCCCGAGGAGGAGCCCGCGCCGGAGCUUCGCUGUUCCGCGGACGCCUGCUGCAACGGCGUGAUGCAGAUUUUCAGAUCCAAGAAAUUCCGGUCGGAGAAGCUGGAGAGGCUGUACCAGCGGUACUUCUUCCGCCUCAAUCAGAGCAGUUUGACCAUGCUGAUGGCUGUGCUUGUGCUCAUGUGUGCGGUCAUGCUGGGCUUCCACUGCGCCGCGGGUACGUGCAGUGUCACGUACGCGGUGGUUUUUUCGGCGGCCGCCUUGCUCAUCCUCGUGCUCAUUGCCGUGUGCAACCGGAACGGCUUCCACCAGGACCACAUGUGGCUCGUGUGCUACGUGGUCAUCCUGGUGGUGCUGGUGAUCCAGGCGGUGGGUGUGCUGCUCGUGCACCCGCGCAGCGCCUCGGAGGGCGUGUGGUGGACCGUCUUCUUCAUUCACGUCAUCUACACACUUCUGCCCGUGAGGAUGCGCGCGGCAGUCAUCACCGGAGUUGUGCUGUCGGCCACGCACGUGGCGAUCUCGUGGAAAGCAAACGAGCUGGACGCACUCCUGUGGAGACAGCUCGUGUCCAAUGUGCUCAUCUUCUCCUGCACCAACAUGGUGGGCGUGUGCACGCACUACCCUGCGGAAGGCUCUCAGAGACAGGCCUUCCAGGAGACCAGGGAAUGCAUCCAGGCCCGUCUUCACUCACAACGGGAGAACCAGCAGCAGGAACGCCUCCUGCUCUCUGUACUGCCCCGACACGUCGCCAUGGAGAUGAAAGCCGACAUAAACGCCAAGCAGGAGGAUAUGAUGUUUCACAAGAUCUACAUUCAGAAGCAUGACAACGUGAGCAUCCUCUUCGCUGACAUCGAGGGCUUCACCAGUCUGGCGUCCCAGUGCACGGCCCAGGAGCUGGUCAUGACCCUGAAUGAGCUGUUUGCACGGUUCGACAAGCUGGCUGCAGAGAACCACUGUCUGCGGAUUAAGAUCUUGGGCGAUUGCUACUACUGCGUGUCAGGUCUGCCAGAGGCACGGGCUGACCACGCCCACUGCUGUGUGGAAAUGGGCGUAGACAUGAUCGAAGCCAUCUCUUUGGUGAGGGAAGUCACGGGGGUCAAUGUGAACAUGCGUGUCGGCAUCCACAGUGGCCGCGUGCACUGCGGCGUCCUGGGUUUGAGGAAGUGGCAAUUUGACGUGUGGUCCAACGACGUCACGCUGGCCAAUCACAUGGAAGCUGGGGGGAAAGCAGGACGCAUUCACAUAACCAAAGCCACCCUGAACUACCUGAACGGGGACUACGAUGUCGAGCCCGGCUUUGGCGGCGAGAGGAACGCUUACCUGAAGAAGCACAACAUCGAAACCUACCUCAUAGUGGGCUGCAGUCAGAAGCGGAAAGAGGAGAAGGCCAUGAUUGCCAAGAUGAACCGUCAGCGCACCAACUCGGUCACACACAACAGCUCACACUGGACGGACCGGCCAUUUUAUAACCAACUGGGUGGUAACCAGGUCUCCAAAGAGAUGAAGAGGAUGGGAUUUGAAGACCCCAAGGACAAACAUUUCAUUUUCAGAAACACCCAGGAGAACCUGAACCCCGAGGACGAGGUGGACGAGUUCCUGGGCCGCGCCAUCGACGCGCGCAGCAUCGACCGCCUGCGCUCCGAGCACGUCAGAAAGUUCCUGCUCACCUUCCGCGAGCCCGACCUGGAGAAGAAGUACUCUAAGCAGGUGGACUCCCGCUUUGGGGCAUACGUCGCGUGCGCCUCUCUGGUCUUUCUGUUCAUUUGCCUCAUCCAGGUUGUCGUCAUACCACCCUCCACUGUGAUGGUCGGCUUUUUUGUGUCCUGUUCGAUCACGCUGACGGCCGUCAUGUUCGUCUCAGCAGUUUACACUUGUUUUGGGUUCUUUCCACGGCCACUGCAGAACUUGUCCAAAAGGAUUGUUCAGUCCCGUAUUAACAGCACUCUAGUCGGAGUCUUCACCAUCAUCCUGGUUUUUCUCUCGGCCUUCAUCAACAUCUUCACCUGCAGCACCGAUGACCUGAAGGUGUGUCUGGCCCAGGAGUUUAACAUCAACCCCAGCGGUGUCAACGCCUGCCACGUGCGCGCCUCUGCCUCCAACUACUCCCUGUGGUCAGGCAGUAGUCUCUGCCUCGGCCACUCCCCUACAUGCAACUUCCCAGAGUACUUUUCAGCGUGUGUGCUACUCAGCCUCCUCGCCUGCUCCGUGUUUCUCCAAAUGAGCAGCAUUGGGAAACUCUUCCUCAUGCUCUUCAUAGAAAGCGUGUACGUGCUGGUCGUGGAGGUGCUGGCGGUCAGCCUAUUCGACAACGUGGACCUGCUGGUGAUGGCCAAUGCCAUCGAGCACGUCAACGGAACAAGCUGUAUUGCAGACUCCAGGGUUCCUCUGAAGAUCAUGACUCCCGUGGUCAUCACCGUCUUUGUGCUGGUACUCUACUUACACGCCCAGCAAGUGGAGUCCACGGCCAGGCUGGACUUCUUGUGGAAGCUACAGGCCACAGAGGAGAAAGAAGAGAUGGAAGAGCUCCAGGCCUACAACCGCCGCCUCCUGCACAACAUCCUCCCCAAGGACGUGGCGGCCCACUUCCUGGCGCGCGAGCGGCGCAACGACGAGCUCUACUACCAGUCGUGCGAGUGCGUGGCCGUCAUGUUCGCCUCCAUCGGCAACUUCUCCGAGUUCUACGUGGAGCUGGAGGCCAACAACGAGGGCGUGGAGUGUCUGCGGCUCCUCAACGAGAUCAUCGCCGACUUCGACGAGAUCAUCAGUGAGGAUCAGUUCCGACAGCUGGAGAAAAUCAAGACCAUCGGCAGCACCUACAUGGCCGCCUCGGGCCUUAAUGACUCCACCUACGAUAAAGCCGGCCGCUCACACAUCCGCGCGCUGGCCGACUACGCCAUGCGCCUGAUGGACCAGAUGAAGUACAUCAAUGAACACUCCUUCAACAACUUCAAAAUGAAGAUCGGACUCAACAUGGGUCCAGUAGUGGCCGGAGUUAUAGGGGCUCGUAAGCCCCAGUACGACAUCUGGGGCAACACGGUGAAUGUAGCCAGCCGCAUGGACAGCACCGGAGUGCCUGAAAGAAUCCAGGUCACAACCGACCUCUACCAGGUCCUUAGUUCCUAUAACUACUCGCUGGAAUACAGAGGAGUUGUUAAAGUCAAGGGCAAAGGAGAUAUGGCCACCUACUUUCUGAACGGAGGACCCAGCAGCAGUUAAUGCCCACUGUGUCCCGUAUUUGUGACAUUACUGACAUGAGGCAGCUUAAUAAGGAAGGGGCUGGGCCUCGUGAACUCUCUUAAGAAGGAGAGAUGGAAACUAGGAGUGACUAGGGGCAACUUGUUCAGAGGUAGCCCGUGCCCAAUCAUAGUGCAGUGUGCCGUUCCCAUGUACUGAAGCCUCCGGUGGCCGGAACGGGGGACACCCUCUAGAGCCUUGUGCUGGUGUGUGGAGAAGCCCAGUCAGGAGGUAUGCCAGCAGGGAACAAGAUGAUCAGAAGAGACCAAAGAAACAGAAAGGUGUCUUGGACGUUGGAGUCAGUUCUCCCGUUCCUCCGUUUCCUGCGGUUUGAGAGGAUGGCUGCACUAUGGGGGCUGUUCCUCUGAAGGGUGCAACUGUGAAGUCACUGAAGUAUAUAACAGAUGCAGAUGUUUUAUGUGUAUAUAACACAUCUGUGUAUGUGAAGCAAAGUCCAUACAGUUCCACUGUCCUCCCACACUGCUGAGAUAAACAUGGGGAGAUUUGCUAAUGGGACCAUUUCCAGCAGAGUAACACUAUUCACACUUCAUAUGAAGGUUUUCAGGACUCGCUGUGGCUGGGAGACCAUGGUAGACGAUGCUAAAGAUGCAGAGACGAGGUGUCCACAACUAGCCACUUCGACGUCCAGGAUGGGAACUGCUUCGUGUGUGUGUGUGUGUGUGUGUGUGUGUGUGUGUGUCUGUCUGCGCGUGUGCGUGUUUGUAGAACACGUCCCCUGUCCCCACAAACGUACAUGUACCCACACACACGGACAAGCAUACACAGAAAAGUGUUUUUACCACUCACAAAGAAUGCACAUGAAAAACACUAAACUGAAGACACUUUGAAGGAAAGAAAACAUCCAAUCUGGCUUUAUUUUGUAUUUUUGACAUUUUGUAUUUUGUCUCAGAAACAAAACCGUAUCAAAACUAUUUUAGAGUCUCUAUUUUGUACAUUAAUAUAUAUAUUAGAGCAAUGUCUAUAAACACCGAUGUGUAUUCAGAUGUAUAUGUCAGAAAAAUGUGCAAAAAUCAUGCAUAUUGACAUGGGCAGAGGUCUGAUUUAAUGGCUCUAAAUUCUUUCACCUCAGCUUUCCCUUUGCAUCCAGACAGCAACUGCACACAUUUGAAAACCACACAAAAAAACCCCCAAACCUCUGAAUCAGGUAGAAAUGUGGCCACUGCACCCUGUGCUCGUGAGUUAAAGUGACAGUCAGACUAGAGUUGUUCACAUUAUUGCAGCCUUUUUCUGCUUAGCAAACACGGCUUGCACUGCUUUUAGCCUUGCGUUAAAGUUGAAACCCUAAACUUUAAUACACACCUUGGCCAUUUUUGCACUACACCUCUGCCUUCCUGACAUCCCUGCCUCCCCCUCCCAGCUCAAUCAGAUGGUACGACCCAAUGAAUGUUCAUUUUCUCCAAUGAGGCCUUUAUAUAUAUACAUAUAUAUAUAUAUAUAUAUAUAUAUAUAAAGAAUGCUGGGUGACCACUAAUCCGUGCCAUGCUCAUCAGUGGAGUCCAUUUUUUGACAGUACAUGUUUUGGUAUAUUUUUACUUGUGGGUUUUUUUUUUUGCACUGUAAAUAUUGCCAAUUUAAGUCAGGUAGUCAUGCAAUGGUCAUGUUUCUGUGCAGAAUGUUCCAUCUGUAUUACGGAGGGUUACUGUUUGCCGAUGGUGGUCUUUGUUUAAGAGCUGUCAUUUACAGUAUCUGAGACAGGGUUCUUUACCUAGACGCACUGCAUACUGUGUACCAAGUUUUGUUUUGGGUUGUUUUCCUUUUGUCAUUUAGUCAAAAAGCCCUUUGGGGGCUUCCAAAAUAGUUUGAGUAUUUAUGAAGGUUGAUCAGUGCCAUUGUUUUACUUUCACUUUCAAUCUGUCCAGCAAGACUAGAAUUGUGUGAUUUGUUCUAUGUAAGUAGUAUUUGGCUUUUUAACCCUAGUUAAUGCAGGUGCCAUGAUUUCUUAAUUUCAGUGGAAUUAAACAGCCAUUAUGAUAAAUACAUGGAAUCAUUUAAUGGUGGGAUGAAUGAGAAGCAACACGGAAUUACGGUCUCUUUCCCUCUCCCUGAGAUAUCCAGGUUCCAAAAAAUUUUUUGCAACCUCAAGUAUCCAGGUUAUGUCGGUGGCCGGACUGCAGAUUUCACAGAGAUAAUUUAUGGAUUGUUUUCCAUAUCUGCCAUGUCAAAAUAAACGUUAUGCCUUUUUUUUUUUACAUUCAAAUAAAGCACUUCAAUGCCGUUA